CAGAGCGCAUGCCCCUCGAGCUCGCGACUGCGCGCACAACUAUCGACUUAUAACGUUAUCAAUGUCGAAUUCGUACUAGAACAACCGACUUAUAUUUAACAAUAGUUCUGGAAGCAGUGAAAAACGGUGUCUAUAAAAAUAAAUAUCAAUAUGAAAGUGUUUUAAUUCCAUGUAAACAAACGCAGACCAAAUUAGACAGUGUUUCUGAUGUACGACCGAGCUAGUAUUUUCGUAUUAUUGCUCCUCUUGUCCUUAGACUCUCGGGACUGUUCUGCGAGCAUACAAUACGAUGUUGUCAAUAAAAUAUCUCUUAAUACCGUUCAAGGCUGGGCAGUUAAACUUGGGACGGAGCUGUAUCACUUCGGAGAAUUUAUUACACGAAAGAAGGAAGUACAAGAUAGUUUCAAAUCUGCACAAAUUGAAUCAAGAGAUGGAGAGAAACUGGUACAAAACAUGGCAGACGAUAUACGAGCGAUGAUGGAACUAAAAAUAAGUGCCGUGAAACGAAUAGUGGAAGCGGCCGAAAAUAUGGCUUUCGAUAAACAAAACGAGAUCGUUCCUGAGGAUUACCAAUUUUACAAUAGCAAAGAGAUGGAAGAUCCCUAUGAUGAUAUGUCGCUAACUACGACACCAGAACCUGAGUUUACUAUGGAAAAUUGGAUUAUUAGACCCCCUUCUAAACCUGCUCAUGUUCAACAAAAUCCACACUUUUCCUACAUUCCUGUUAAUACGAAUUUUAGUAGUGUUCACGUUCCGACUAACGUUUAUGCUUGGGCACCGGAAGUGAUAAAAGGCAUUCACUGGUCAGAAGGCUUGGAUAAUCAUUUUAUUAAUAAUUAUCAAAGCGAUCCCACGUUGUCAUGGCAGUAUUUUGGCAGUUCUACUGGUUUUAUGAGACACUAUCCUGCAAUGAAGUGGCGUUCUGAUCCUGUGGACAUUUAUGACUGUCGCACGAGAGCCUGGUACAUGGAGGCUGCUGCCAGCCCUAAAGAUGUAGUUAUACUGGUUGAUCGCAGUGGAUCAAUGACUGGUCAAAGAAGGGACAUAGCCAAACAUGUGGUAACCAACAUUCUAGAUACGUUAGGAAAUAACGAUUUUGUAAGCGUCAUGACCUUUGCUGAUACUGUGGAGGAAGUUGUACCUUGUUUUGAAGAUUCCCUAGUUCAGGCUACACUUGCGAAUGUCAGGGAAAUAAAAUUAGCAUUGGAUAAUUUUGAAACCAUGGAAAUAGCAAACUUUUCGGCGGCACUCACACAGGCAUUUGAACUGCUGGAAAUUUAUAGGAAUAAUAGCGGAGGGGCAAAUUGUAAUCAGGCUAUAAUGCUAGUUACUGAUGGGGUGCCGUACAAUUAUAAGGAGCUCUUCGAGAAGUACAACUGGAAGUAUGAUACUCCAGUUCGAGUGUUCACGUACCUGAUAGGUCGCGAGGUAGCUGACGUGAGGGAAGUGAAGUGGAUGGCGUGUGCUAACAGAGGUUUCUACGUCCACCUGAGUACAUUAGCUGAAGUCCGCGAGCGUGUGUUAGAACACGUAAAUGUGUUAGCACGCCCUUUGGUGUUGCAGCGCGAAAAACAUCCAGUGGUCUGGACCCCUGUUUAUGCUAAUGUUACGGACCCUAAAGUAGCAGACUAUUUAUGGGAGCAACGUGAAAGAGCUGAACAAAAAGAACGUUUUAUGAGUCAACGGCGAGACAAGGUCCUUUUUAACUCUGAGAAAGAGCAAUACAGACGAUGGAGAAUAACUCAAAUGAAGCAGGGUCAGUAUAGUGAGAUCGGGAAUUCUCAAUACCAGUUGAUGACUUCUGUAUCUAUGCCAGUAUACGAUUUGCGUCACAAUGAGUUUUGUUUAACGGUCUCCCAUCAGAACAUCACAGAGAAUGUACUGAUAAAUGAAGCUUACUGGGUAUCAGUUACGAAAGAGAUGCGUAUAGCUAGAUUGUUAGGGGUAGCUGGUACAGAUGUGCCCCUGUCGGAAAUUCAAGCACUGAUGACUCCUUACAAGGUCGGCGUAAAUGGUUACGCGUUCAUAGUUACUAACAACGGGUACAUACUCAUACAUCCAGACCUCCGACCUGUUUUCCAGCAGAUCAUGAAGCCGAGUUAUAAUAGUGUGGAUAUGAUAGAAGUGGAGUUGUUUGAUGAUGAUCGAAGCCCAAGGAAUUUCAGCAAGGAACUAACUGCGCUCCGAAAAGAAAUCAUUGACCAAAAAACUGGAAAUAAGAUCAUGAAUGUAAAGUAUCAUAUGGACGACAUGAAACGGGUAUCGCGAGGCAAGCGACACUACUUCUGGACCGGUAUCAGCGAUUCUCCUUUCACUCUGGUUGUAGCCAUACCGGAGAACUAUGGCCGUCACUGCAUCACUCCGCCACCAACUGAUGACAUACAUCGGUUAUCACUCACGUCCAAAAAUAUUUCAGCUCGCCAAUAUCUGUCCGAUAAGUGGAGCGUACACCCUGAUUGGAUGUAUUGCCGUCACUACGAGCGUACUUUUUCAUCACCAGAAGAAGAAUUAUCUUAUUUUCUAGAGCGUGUAGCGAAGCCUGGCUGGCGUUGGCCGGCCAAACCACGUCCGCCUGAACACCAUAAGAACAAGGGCCAUGGACAUAGUGAAGAAGGCAGGAACAAAGCAUCAAACGCGACGCCUCGUAACGAGUAUUACUGCGAUCAUGGAUUAAUGCAGGCGUUGGUUUACGACGCGAGGAAUACGGCGUGGUUUAAUAAGAGCAUAUCGGAAUCCGCUUCUGACGACAAGGCGGCUGAAUUCAUUCAACGUUUCGGAUACAUAGUAGCGUUUUUGGCGACACACAGCGGUUUGACGAGAUGGCAAACACAUCCACCUAAAGAUCGUGAUGACAGGCCGGAAUUCGGGAAGCAAUGGCCCCGUGCGAUCGACGAGGUAUGGUACCGUCGUGCGGUGGAACAUCACUACGUGGACCCUCUCAGCUUCGUGUACAGCAUUGACCUCAGCACGGACAAGUUUCCUUUGAACGUGAGCUCUGCUAUGGUAACUGCUGCGCACGCUGUACUCCACGCAGACGGACAUAAGAAAGCGCCGGCCGCCGUCGUAGGAUUCCAAUUCAAACACGAGAGACUUAGCGAGUGGUUCGAGAAUAUAACCUCCUCGUGCGAACAUAACAAGGAAUGUGUGACUUGCACCUCGGAUAACUGGGACUGCUAUUUAGUCGACAACAACGGUUGGAUUAUUGUCAGUAAAGACACCACACAAACCGGUCAAUUCUUUGGGAAGGUCCGACCAGACAUAAUGAUGAAGUUGGUGGAAGAAGAUGUGUUUAAAGCGGUCCAUAUAAUUGAUUAUCAAGCUGUCUGCUUUAGAGAAAAAAAGACAACAAACCCUGCAACCAUGUUACUGACGCCACUAGAGAAUUUACGACAUAUUUUGACAUGGUUCAUGACUACGUCGAUAUGGUUGUACAACACUGUAGCUGUCACAUUGGCUCAGGGGUCUAGUUAUUCCAUAGACUAUGAGUAUGUUACAACCACUGGUGAGUUUUAUAGAUCGAGCACCGUAGACAGUGUGGCAUAUCACAAUUACGAGAAUGAUGAAGACACAGAUGAUCCGUCAAUGUCAAAACCUCCGACACGUAUAUUGGAAAGAGAUUUUGAAAAACUGGUGCUUAUAAAUAGGACGCGACCAACACCCUGCGAUCGCGAAAUGUACCUCUACCAAUUAGAGUACAAAAAUCUGGAUGAGAAACUGAACAAGCCAUUAAGAGAAUGCGAGAGACCUUUCUAUGCUCAAUUAGUUAAUUACACUAAUAUGUUGUUAGUUGUCGUGGACGCGAUGUGUGCUAAGGUGGAAGUGCCAAUGUACUCUAUAGACCCCACAGAGGUGCAAUACAAUGAAUCGCUUCCCUGUUUGAAGCAUAUGCACCCGCUAUACAGGAAGCAGCCUAACUCGUGCAUUCGGAAUCACACUGAAGAGAGCAACAUCGAUAUGUGCGGACGCUGCAGUUUGCUUUCAAAAACCAUCUUAUGGAUUCCAUUAAGCGUAAUUUUCCUACUUCAUUACUUCUAGAAAUGUUAUACUUAUACUUUACUGUUAAAUUGUCAAUAGUUUACAAAAACGUUAAUUUAUUUACAAAGAGUACGAGUUUAUUUGUAAAUGGACAUGUCAUAGUACAUAUCAAUAUUAAUGAGGAUCAACUUUAUUCCUAUCUUGUAGAAUUUUUCUAAAGUGCCACAACCGUGGCAUGAUUCAUAUCAGAUAAAUUAGGUAUUUUAAAUAAAAAACAUUUGAAGAUUUAGACAAAUUCUAUUAUUAAAUAUCUCUUGGGAGUAUUUUGGUUUUUGUUGUCGAGCUGUAUUUUUGCCCGUCCUAGACAUUUAAAUUUUUAAUUACAGAAUUUCAUGUCUUACUAAGUACAGUUAUCUGAAUCUCAUUAUAUAAUAUAUUAUAAUUGUUUUUGUAAGAAAAAAAAUGUGAUUUAUUUGGUACAAAAUAAAUAUUUAUUGUAUUC